CUAGGUUGGCAACCUCGGUGGUUUGUUUUAGACAAUGGGAUAUUGUCAUACUAUGAUUCACAGGAUGAUGUUUGCAAAGGCAGCAAAGGAAGUAUAAAGAUGGCUGUGUGUGAAAUAAAAGUUCAUGCAACAGACAACACAAGAAUGGAGCUAAUCAUCCCAGGGGAACAGCAUUUCUAUAUGAAAGCAGUUAAUGCAGCUGAAAGGCAAAGGUGGCUGGUAGCACUUGGGAGUGCAAAAGCCUGUUUAGCAGAUACCAGAACAAAAAAAGAAAAAGAAAUCAGCGAAACCAAUGAAUCUCUUAAAACCAAAAUGUCUGAACUUCGUCUCUACUGUGAUCUCUUAAUGCAGCAAGUUCAUACAAUACAAGAAUUUGUUCACCAUGAUGAGACUCGCUGUCCUCCCAGCAUUGAGAACAUGAAUGAAGCCUCUUCCUUGCUUAGUGCCACAUGUAAUACAUUUAUCACAACACUUGAAGAAUGUGUGAAGAUUGCUAAUGCCAAGUUUAAGCCAGAAAUGUUCCAGCUGCCUCACUCUGAUCCCUUGGUUUCUCCUGUGUCACCAUCACCUGUCCAAAUGAUGAAGCGUUCCAUUAGCCACCCUGGUCCAUGCUAUUCAGAAAGGAAUAAUCACUCUAUAAAAGAACCAAUUUCAUCCCUUCACCGAUUUUCACAGCGGCGCAGAAGAAUGUAUUCGGAUACUGAAUCUUACGGUGAUAGUUCCUUUGAAGAUUCUCAGAGAUCUGCUCACUGUUCUAGAAGUGCUGUCAAUGGAGAUCUGGUAUCGUCAGCCAUUCCUGAAGAAAAUAGAUCGGUAUCAAAGGAAAGAUCUGAACUGGAAGAGACUCUUUCAUCCUUUUCUUCUUGAAGAAACUGAAAGUAUUCAAUUUUCUAUAAAUAACGCUAUGCAAAGGCUGCUGUAAUUAUACUGUUGUUAUAGGAAAUAGUCAUUUCCCUUUUUAGAAGGAUUUCUCUGCACUUUAUAGAAAACCUAAAAACUAUCUUUGAAGUGUAUUUUAUCUUUAUAUAGUUUAUUUGCAAGAGUAUUUUCCUAAUAUUUCAGAGUUUGAAUGUUCAUUUUUUGGAACAAAUGAUGGCUUAACAGAUAAGCAUCCACAUUUGUAAAUGUAGCUCUUUUUAAAAAGUGUGAGGGUCUGACUGAUACAUUAGUAUACCUGCAGGUUAUAAACUUUAGCAAAAAGGCUUCAUUUU